UGCGACUUAAGUUGGAGUUUUUUAGGAUUGGUUUGGGCUUAUUUUUUAGUCAUCAGUUGCUUGGAUUUCAUUUCAGAGUUAGCAACACUGGGCAGUAUCUCUGACCUACCAGGGCCCCAGAACUAAUUGCCUAUGACAGCUAAUAAUGCCCCAUCCUUAGCAAUGCUGUGACUAACAAGGGCACGAAGCACACAGUGUAGAUGCAGGAGGGUGAGAGGCUGACUCCCAGCAGCACGUGUCCUGCAGCUGCUGCGGUGCCCGGGCGCCGUCGUCUGCCUGAGGGACCAGCAGAGGGCGGUGCAAUGAGCGCCUCAUCCCGCCGGUGGAUGCUGCUGCUGUGCAGGGCGCUAGGCCAGGCCGCGGCCAGCAUGGAGAAGGCGGUGGUGCGGGCCAUCCCCUCCGAGGCCAAACUGACCAUCUCCCUCAGCCUGUCCGGCUCCCACCGGCAGCUGCAGCGAGACCAGAGCGAGCCCCUUGGCAAGGCCCUUGCCCGGAUCUCCGCUAGCGCCACCAAGAGCAAGAAGCGGAAGGAGCCCCCCGCGCCGGGGCCGCCCGUGCGCCUCCUCUUCCACGGCCAGCCGGUGCCCGAGGCGGCGCCCAACGCCGAGGCCUGGCAGGACGGCGCCGAGCUCCUGGUGGGGAACCUCGUCUACCGGGUGGAGCGGAACCCGCCGACCUGCCACUCGCUGGGCCUGCCCCGGCACAUCAUGGCCGGCUUCCCCCUCUGCCCGCGCCUCAGCCUGGAGUUCGCCGACCCGGAGCGCUCCCCCUGCGUGUGGUACAAGCAGGCCCCAGCAGAAGCCGGGGGCUCGCCUGAAAAGCCGACCGAGCAGGAGUGGGUGGAGGCCGGCCACGAGCGGGUCUACGUCCCGGCUGUCGGCGACAUCGGCCUGCGGCUGAAGCUGCGCUGCACGCCGGGGGACGGGGAGAGGCUCGGGGAGAGCCGGGAGCUGCAGGUGGAGGGCCCCGUGGAGGCCGGCCCGGGAGCCUGCACCUUCGACCAGCGGCACCUGUACACGCAGCGGCCGGCGGAGGAGCCGGUGACCCGGGCCGUGUCCUACAACCUGCUGGCCGACGUGUACGCGCAGACCGAGCAUGCCCGCACCGUGCUCUUCCCGUACUGCGCGCCCUACGCUCUGGAGCUGGAGUACCGCCACUGCCUCAUCCGUAAGGAGCUGAGCGGCUACCGCGCCGACCUGCUCUGCCUGCAGGAGGUGGACCGCACCGUCUUCUCCGACAGCCUGGCCCCGGCGCUGGAGGCCUUCGGCCUGGACGGCGUCUUCCGCCUGAAGGACAAGCAGCACGAGGGCCUGGCCACCUUCUACCGCCGCAGCCGCUACCGCCUGUGCAGCCAGCACGACGUCCUGCUGGGGGAGGCCCUGACCGGGGACCCGCUGCACCGGCCGCUGCUGGAGCAGCUCUCCCGGUACCCGGCCGCCAAGGAGAAGGUUCUGCAGAGGUCCUCCGCCCUGCAGGUAUCUGUUCUUCAGUCAACAACUGAUCCAUCUAGAAAAAUAUGUGUUGCAAAUACCCAUCUUUACUUCCACCCAAAAGGGGGCAACAUCCGAUUAAUUCAAAUAGCCGUGGCUCUAACUCACAUCAGACACGUGGCUUAUGAACUUUACCCAGGCAUUCCCAUCAUAUUUGGUGGCGAUUUUAAUAGCACGCCCUCCACGGGUAUGUACAGUUUUGUAAGAGAUGGGACCAUCCCCGAGGACCAUGAAGACUGGAUGUCUAAUGGAGAGGAGGAGCGCUGCAAUAUGUCUCUCAGCCACCCUCUUAAAUUAAAGAGUGCUUGCGGGGAGCCUGCUUACACCAACUAUGUAGGGGGGUUCCACGGCUGUCUAGAUUAUAUAUUUAUUGACUCUGAAAAUUUAGAAGUGGAACAGAUCAUUCCUAUGCCAGGUCAUGAAGAAGUCACAAGUCACCAGGCCCUACCUAGUGUUUCCCACCCUUCUGACCAUAUAGCACUAGUCUGUGACUUAAAGUGGAAGUAGGAAGACUUGAUGUGUAUAAAUGAAAUGUAAAGUUUAUGCUGCAGGUACUAACUUUCUUUACCAUAAAAUGUUCAGCAUU